AUGACAAUGAGUAUUACUGAAGUAUUUGGUGAGUUUAGGUGUGGUAAAACACAGAUGUCUCACACUUUAUGCGUUACGACACAACUUCCAAGGGAAAUGGGUGGAGGUGAAGGUAAAGUGGCAUAUAUUGAUACAGAAGGUACUUUUAGGCCCGAAAGAAUCAAACAGAUUGCUGAAAGCUACGACCUUGAUCCUGAAUCAUGCUUAGCAAACGUUUCUUAUGCUAGAGCCUUGAAUAGCGAACACCAAAUGGAGCUUGUAGAACAAUUGGGUGAAGAACUAAGUUCUGGAGAUUAUCGUUUGGUGGUUGUGGACUCAAUAAUGGCUAAUUUUCGAGUUGAUUACUGUGGUAGAGGUGAACUGAGUGAAAGACAGCAGAAGCUAAAUCAWCAUCUCUUUAAAUUGAAUAGAUUAGCGGAAGAAUUUAACGUCGCAGUAUUUCUGACUAACCAAGUUCAAUCCGACCCAGGUGCUUCUGCCUUAUUUGCAUCUGCAGAUGGCAGAAAACCGAUUGGUGGGCACGUCCUGGCACAUGCUUCAGCAACAAGAAUCCUGUUGAGAAAAGGUCGUGGUGAUGAAAGAGUCGCUAAAUUACAGGAUUCUCCAGAUAUGCCUGAAAGAGAGUGUGUUUACGUGAUCGGUGAAAAAGGUAUUACGGACGCAAGUGAUUAG